UAUCGGAGCAGCGCUAUUUUGACCAGUUGAAAUCGCAAGUUACCAUGGCUUCCGUGCAAGGAAUUCCAGAAGGAUGGGAGGUGUUGACAUCGCGAAGCAAGGGGCUCGACUACUACUUCAACAAGAAGACUGGGAAGCAGUACUGGGUGGACAAAGACCUUCCCGAGGGAUGGAGCAAGAUCAUCGAGGCCGACAGACGAACGUAUUACUUUCACAUUAGCGACGAAAAGCGCACCCGAUCGUAUGAAAAACCGACCAUGUUGGCGCCAGCAUCUCCGCCGCCACCGCCACAACGGCCGCAUGCUCCAAGCAUAGAUGCAUCUGUCGAGCCCCCUCCGUUUCAUCCUCCACAGCGCCGCGGGAGCAACUCACUGCACGACCUUCUCUCGCCGGUCGGUGCACCUUCUGUCGCGUCACCCGACGAGCAACACACAACCUCACGGCACGACCGAUCCGAACACGGCCAUGAAGAUGACGUCGAUUCUAGUAAGGCCAAGUUUGCUCGGCAUCACGAAUCAUCUCCUGCUUCGAUUCCAUCGCACGAGCAUCGUCGGUCGUCGCCGAAACCACCGCGCGAGUUUGAGCCCGUGUGGAGCGGGUCGGCCACGCGAGGAGCCGUUCCCAUCACGUCCAGAAGCGGCGGUACCACCUCGGACAGAACGGACCAGGAGAAAGCGGCCGCGUUCUACAGCAACUUGUCGCGCAAGAAGACGAGCGACCGCGCCGACAGUCGGCUGUACCAUAUGCGUUGCAUGAACAACUGGGUCAAGAGCGUGUUGAUCCAAGAGUACAGCCAGAAGCAGAGCCGCGUGCUCGACUUGGCCUGCGGCAAGGGCGGCGACAUGAACAAAUGGGCCAAGCACAACUUUCAACUGUACAUGGGCGUGGACAUCGCCAAGGGGUCGUUGGAAGACGCCGCCGCCAGAGUGCAGCAGAAUGGCGACUUGAGCCGCAGCGACAUUCAUCUCGUCCAUGGGGAUUUGGGCGAGGUCUCGUUGUUGCAAGACACGCUUCUUUGCUGGACCACGCGCCGCGACUGGCACCGUGGCGUGCCCGUGGACCGGCCGCACUCGUUUGACGUCGUGUCGAUGCAGUUUGCGUUCCACUACAUGUUUUGCGAUGAACCGCGUGCGACACGGUUCUUUGAGACACUGCACCAGUCGCUGCGGCCGGGCGGCAUGUUUAUAGCGACGACGAUCGAUCCAAAUCGAAUCAUCCAGAAACUCAUGGCGACUGUGGGCGGGACUGAAGUAGUCGACGGGAACGUCGUGGGGCCGGCGCCCAUCGAGCUGCAGGACGCCAAGGGCCGGACGCUGUGUACGAUCCGCAUGGAUCCGUCUACCCGCGACCGGCUGCUGCACCCGUCACGGGACGACCAAGGGUUUGGCUUGCGGUAGGUUAAGUGUGUGUGUGUCGUUGAGGCUACGUACGGGAAAACGGUAGUAGAUGAGACAUGAUGUAGGUACAUGUUUACAUUGAACGACGGAGAUGACGAAGAAGCAGUCAACCUACCCGAGUACUUGAUUCCGUCGUCGAUGCUGCGCCGCCUGCUCGACCUCCACGGGUUCGACCUUGUCUUGCAAGAGAACUUUCAGACGUUCAUCGGCCACAACAAGGACGCGCACAGGCACCUGCUCAUGAAGAUGAACGUCCUCAACUUCCAAGGCACGAUCAGCGACGUCGAAUGGGACAUCGCUGGACUGUACCAAGUGCUCGCGGUCAAGAAACGAGCGACCUAACGCAUAAUCAUGAUCGGGUUGCGUCUGGACCUCCAGCAUCUUGCAUCCUCAUGUCUUGUUUCGAUAAAAUGUGGUGGCAGUUACAAGGAAUUGCAGCCGUGGAUUCUACUAAAGUGUUUAAAUUGACGUACAUAAACAUUAAAGUGCUUAAAUUGCC